AUGUCUUGUCCUCACCUCAGUGGCAUCGCGGCAUUGCUGAAAAGUGCACACCCAGAGUGGUCACCUGCUGCUAUUAAGUCUGCAAUCAUGACAACUGCUGAUCAGUUAAACCUCGAUAAAAUGCCUAUCGUUGACGAGAGGUUUCUUCCGGCUGACAUUUUUGCCCUCGGGGCAGGGCAUGUCAACCCAUCUAAAGCAGACGACCCAGGGCUUGUCUAUGACAUCCAACCCGAUGAUUACAUCCCCUAUUUAUGUGGAUUGGGUUACACUGACCAAGAUGUUAGUGUCAUUGUGCAACGGACCAUUAACUGCUCCCAAGUAUCAAGCAUACCUGAAGCAGAACUUAACUAUCCUUCAUUUGCGAUAAUACUUGGGUCAACCCCUCAGACAUAUACAAUGACAUAUACGAGGACAGUGACAAAUGUCGGCCCGGCUAACUCAUCUUACUAUCCUGCCAUUUAUGAAGUACCAGGAGUUGUUCUUAGUGUCGAGCCUUCGAGGCUCGACUUCUCAGAGGUGAAUGAAAAAUUGACGUACCAAGUAACAUUUACCCGAUUAGCCAACAGUGGAGUCAGUGUGCCCUAUGUUCAAGGAGCUCUUGUUUGGAUUUCUGGUAAGUACCACGUUAGAAGCCCCAUCUCCGUUAAGUUGGAGUGA